UUGAUUAAAUUCAAACCCUACGGCUCCCUUUUUUUACGCACAAGGAUCGGCAACUGGCAACACAGACCAACAAUACCUCGCUGACACACGUUGGGGAUUACAAGAGCAAACUACAGUGUUUCGUUUCGUUUCGAAGAGCGAUGAGCUGGUGUCGCCGGUUUCUCCUUGGAUGACCUAUAGGCAGUCCUUGCCGGAGCACACGGCAGUUUGAGCCAACAUCUGCGGAGGAACGACGGCAAGGCACACUGUCAGGCACAGGGCAAGCUGCGUGUGUGUUAGGCUUCAUGCAAACGCAGAGUUGAUUUGACGGAACACUCCGCAAACCAAUUGGCACCAUUAGUGCGAGAUAAGAGUUUGACGACGAGUUCACGACGUGAACGGCCUGACUUGGAAUUUGCAGACGCUGCAGUGAAAUCUAACAGAAUUCAACACCGUUCGGACUAUCCUUGGGGGGCGCCUCAUGAUGUACACUAUUACCAGAGGUCCCAGUAAACUUGUUACACAACGGAGGACAGGCCCCACACAACAAAUUGAGAGUAAAAACAAAGACUUGAAGAUCAAAUCGACGUCGUGGUUCGAUUCAAACUCUCCGCCCCCUAAGAUAGUAUUCAACAGACCGAAUGGGAAGCGGUACCACACUGCAGCCCCACCGAAGACAGACAGUCCGACUGAGGGCCUCUUCACACCUGCACACGAAGAAAAUGUUAAGUUUGUCCUCGAAGCAUGGCAGGAGGUGGAGCAGAAUAUGGGAGACGGGGAGCAGGAAGGCCGCAAACCAAUCAGUGCGCCUGUCCAGUAUUCUGAGAAGACCACUGCUCCUGUGAUGAAGAACUUUGUGCCCAUCGACCUGGAGGAGUGGUGGGCGCAGCGCUUUCUAGCCAACAUAAACAACCUGUCAUGACCGCCGGCGGCUGGCUGAGGACCUCGGGAGCGCCAGGGGGCAGGGCUCGGGGAGCGGAGGGAUCGGACCGGCGCCGGCGAUCAAACGACCCCCGUUCCCCCGAUCGCCGCCGCUCUGUUCCAGAUGAGACUCAGUACGCACGAGUCCCGGAGGAGAAAGGCCGGGCUUCGAUGAGGAGUCACGCGGGGGGCCGGAGUGUGAGGAAAGCUCAGGACAUCAGAAUUGACACCCUUAUUUUUUUUUUUUGCUGCUCUGGAGGAUUCUGGAUUUGCGUAAAACUGUGAAUCGUGAUAUUCUCGUCUAGGUAGCCACACGAAGGAUAAAUAAGGUUCUGACCCACGACAAACUGCCCGAGGGGGACCUGUGCCUCUCUGCGUACUUGAAUAUCCCGUCAGAUGAUUCUGACGGGUCCCUUCUUCUGCGUCUCUGGAUGAGAACCUCCCCGGGGCUCUGCUGGCGUUUGCUGUAGCUGUUUGUUGGCUGAUCUUUAGAUAUUCAAAAUCUAAAUCGGAGAAAACCAGUAAAAACAUCCUUUUGCAAGAA